AUGUCUAUGCAACCAGUCAAUCACAGUAUUUUUGCUCAUCCUGACCCAACCGUGGAAGCCGAAUACAUUCUUACCCUCACACGCGAAGUAGACACAUUGCAUGUGGAUCUCCACGCGAUGAUGGAAUUGGCUCCUUCUGAAGACGAUGACACUCUCUUCGUCAAGAAGGAAGAUUGGUGCCAGCAGUGGACAUGUUUCAUGGAGCAGGCCGUUCCAGUGGCCGAGAACAUUUCCAGAGAGCAGCUGGAGAAGGAUAGUAAGGAUGCCGAAGUGGAGGAGGAAUUGGAGGAGGAUCAGAUGGAGAAAGAUGGAGAUUAUGAGGAAGAGCAAGAGAAAGAGGAGGCCCUGAUAAAGAGAUUGAGGCACAUUUAUCGUGCAAGGACCAACACAAGACAUGUUGAGUCUGAGGCCAAUGUUGAGACACCCGCUGUGCCCAUCAAAAUAGCAGAGCAGGUUGUCAAAAAGAAGGAGGUCCAGACCCCGCGCAUGAGCGUCGCGCAAAAGCCGGUCAAUGCAGUUCCAUAUGAAAGAUGUGUGACAGCCAGUUGCACCUGCUACAGGGUUCCCAUUGGCAUUGUGUGCACAAAUUGUAAGCGACUCAAGGCCGCAUGCUCUCUUGUGGCUGGCAAAGGAAAGAAAAAGCAAACCCCACCUACCAAACCCACUUCCGCUUCUAAGUCCAUCCUGGAUUCCUCAUCCACCACUGCUAGCCCUCUGCCCCAAGCACGGCCGGCUCCCAUGGCUGCUAAGGGUAAGAGUCGGGUUGAAGAUGUGCCAACCGUCGCUCUGGAAAUUCCAUGGCCAGCUCCAGGGCCCUGA